CUCCGACGGUCCCGGAAGUGCUCCGUCAGCGCGGAGGCGGGCUCGCCUGCGCGAAAACACUUCCGGGUCUAGCAGCUGCUGAAGGCUGGAGGAGCUCGGCGGAGGUCCGGUUGGUCUCCACUCAAGUCUUAAACUUGAAGACUCAAAAUACACCUGGAUCUACGACUUUUUGGGAAAUUUUCUAUACCAAGCAAUAAAUCACCCAUUGUGCUCUUGUGAUAGCAUAGAAGCUUUUGAGUUCUCCAGAUCUAAAGAUUUUCUUCCCUUUUCCCAUGAAGCCACAUUGUUGUUUAUUCAUUUUAGUGGUCAGCGUUAUUGUCCCAACUGCUUUUGUUCUAAAAGAUGUGGACUUCAAUCAAACAGCCCCACUGGGAGCAAAUCAUAGUUCUUACAAUGCAUCAUUUCCCUCAAUCUUUGAACGCUCAGCAGGUUCCCAAUCAGGUGAUGAUGUCAUCAUAGCCAAAGAGGGAACUAGUGUUUCAAUUGAGUGUCUUCUUGCAGUCGAUCACUAUGAAGAUGUGCACUGGUACAACUCAAAAGGACAGCAGCUGGAUAGCAGAGGCAGAGGUGGAAAAUGGUUGGUUUCUAAUAACUUCCUAAAUAUCACCAAGAUAGCCUUUGAUGACCGUGGACUCUAUACAUGUUUCGUCACUUCUCCGAUUCGUGACUCCUACUCUGUCACCCUACGUGUUAUCUUCACCUCAGGAGACAUGAGUGUCUACUACAUGAUUGUUUGCCUGAUUGCCUUUACAAUCACUCUCAUUUUGAAUGUCACACGGCUAUGCAUGAUGAGCAGCCAUCUUCGCAAAACUGAGAAAGCCAUCAAUGAAUUCUUCAGAACUGAAGGGGCUGAGAAACUACAAAAGGCCUUUGAGAUCGCAAAACGCAUUCCUAUCAUUACCUCAGCCAAGACUCUGGAGCUUGCUAAAGUCACGCAAUUUAAGACCAUGGAGUUCGCUCGAUAUAUCGAAGAACUGGCGAGAAGUGUUCCUCUUCCGCCCCUUAUUCUAAACUGUCGGGCCUUUGUUGAGGAGAUGUUUGAAGCUGUCCGAGUGGAUGACCCUGAUGACAUGGGAGAAAGAAUUAAAGAGAGACCUGCCUUGAAUGCUCAAGGUGGCAUCUAUGUCAUUAACCCAGAGAUAGGGCGGAGUAAUUCACCAGAAGGAGAUUCAGAUGAUGGUUCUCUGAAUGAACAAGGCCAGGAGAUAGCAGUCCAGGUUUCUGUCCACCUUCAGUCAGAGACCAAGAGUAUUGAAACAGAUUCUCAAGACAGUAGUCAUUUUAGCCCACCAGACGAUACAGGAUCUGUUGAAUCUAAUUGUACCUGCAAAGAUGGGGCAUAUGGAAACUGUCAGCUGUGAGCUACCCCAGUACCUACAGAAACAACUCUCAGAAAAGGGAAUUGUUUCUUGGAGGAAAUAUUAUCACCAAAAGAUGACUGGCUUUGUUAAUAGUAAGCACAUCAGAACAUGAAUUGCCAAAAUCUUUGUAAAAAAAUGCAGUGUUUUUCCUAUCUGAUAUUUCUCAGUCAUUUUCCUUGAGCUUGAUUAAAUGAUGCAUGUUAAGAUUUAAAGGAUCCUGAGAGAAUGUGAUAGGAAAAGUACUUAACUGAGAAUCCCAUUGUUUCUCUUCCAAUCACAGUUCUUCCAUUGGUUAGAUCCGAUGCUUACUUUGAGGAUUCCGUUUUCCCAGCAAUAAGAUAAAGGAUUUGCAUAAGAUGAGAUCUGCUUGUUUCCAGCCCUGUAACUUCUUACUUGGAAUCAUUAAAACACCAAAAUCUUCAGUGCAUCUCUGAGGAAACCUUUCCUUAGAUUUUUUUUUUUUCCUAAUUUCUCUAGAGAGCAUAUGUACUCUCCAGAGAGGGAAAGUGGGAUAUGGUAUACUAU